AUGGUUAACCGAUGUUUCAAGACGAGCAUGGAGGUGGGUGUGCGUGUAGAGGCAGAGAAUUUGGAGACUGGUGUGCGAAGGUAUUGCUGUUCUGCCUACUUGACAUUCGUGUCCAUAAAUGAGACGGGUAGACCGUUGCAUGUGCGACAGGU